AUUUCCAGCAUCCCAGAGUAUAUGUACACUUUGCCAGGUGAAGUGCCUGUCAGUGGGCCAUCAGUUACCCUGAGUGCUCAGUGUGACACAGAUGCUUCUCCUAUGGAGAACAGUGCAACAGAGAAACAUACAAAUAACGAGGAGAGAAGGUUCUUCACCAGACCGUGGAUGGUUUACUUACUGCUGUGCUGCAUACAGCUAUCAGAUUCAGUCAAUUCAAGUCUCUCCAAACUCUGAAUUGUACUGCACAUGCUGAGGACAGAUGAGAGAGGAGGUGAUGAUAUCUGGAGCAUGCGAGUCAAUAGGACAAGCGGCCUGGAUAUUAUCAGUAUUUCAAGCCAAGCGUAUGACAAAACUACAGCAGCAAGCAAAACGCAGAGGAAUGUUUGCCAAUAAAUGUUUACAAAUGAGACCAAUGUUUCAUUGUGAUCAUAUGCCAUGACAAUUAUGUAAGGUUAAGGUUAUUUACUUACUUGAAAUGAUCAAACUAAAUGAAAUGUGUGCUGUGCUGCAGGGUUGUUCAUCAUAAUUUGGUCUGGAUGGCCCAGCUGCUCUAGUGGUGUCAAUACUGAUCCCGAGGCCACACGAGAACACUAUUGAUCUCAUAGACAGACAUUUAAUAGACUGACUUACAAAAACCAGACAGUCACUGCUGCUCAACCAGCAGUAUGUGAGCUUCUGUUCCUCCAAACUAACCAGAAUAAACUCCAGAAUGAGUUCUUUAUUUCGUAGUGAGGAGAUGUGUCUCGUGCAGCUGUUUUUUCAAACCGAAUCAGCUCACAACUGCAUCAGUGAACUUGGACAUCUUGGAUUGGUUCAGUUUAAAGAUCUGAAUCCUAGUGCAACAGCAUUUCAGAGGCGAUUUGUGAAGGAAGUGAAGAAAUGCGAAGAAAUGGAGAGAAUUCUGAGAUAUCUUGAGAAGGAGAUGGUGAAAUCUAACAUUGUAAUUGCGGCAACAAAGGAGAAGGAGAUGGUUCCCUGUGCCAGAGAUGUUCUGGAGCUUGAGUCCACAUUUGAGAAGCUGGAGCAGGAACUGCGAGAAAUCAACCGUAACCAUGCCACACUCAGACAGAACCUCAUUGAGCUGAUGGAUAUUGACUCUCUGCUGAGGAUGACUGAAGACUUCUUUGAAGAGGCCGAGUCGCUGCUAACCUACUCUGAGCCUCCCUCUGAAGACUCAGUGUCUAUGACCGUCUCAUCACACAUAACCAGCCGCAGAAACAGCAACUCCAGCACCUCUGGAGCUCUACAUCUUAGCUUUGUUGCAGGUGUUAUCAAACAAGAAAGGUUUCCUGCUUUUGAAAAAGUUCUUUGGCGCCUUUUUCAUGGAAAUUUCGUCCUUCGACAUGCAGAGAUACAGGCCACUGAGGAACUCCAAGCGGUGAGGGGAGCUGUGAAGAAGGACGUGUUCAUUAUAUUUGUCCAGGGAGAUCAUGUGCGAGAAAAAAUCAGAAAAGUCUGUGAAGGAUUUCGUGCCAGCUUGUACUCAUGCCCCAAAACUCUGUAUGAACGCAAGCAAAUGAGCAACAGCGUAAUGACACAAAUGGAAGAUCUUCGAAUGAUCCUGAGAAGAACUGAAGAAUAUCGUGCCGGUGUCUUGACGCGAGCAGCGGAGCACGUCCAGGAGUGGGGCAGUAAAGUGAAGAAGAUGAAGGCCAUCUACUACACCCUCAAUCUCUGCAACAUAGACAUCACGCAGAAGCUGAUCGUAGCAGAGAUCUGGUGUCCUGUGUCAGAUCUCGCUGUUGUUCAAAACGCCCUGAUUAAGGGAUCUGAGCAGAGUGGAUCCAGUGUGACUCCAGUCCUGAACCGAAUCCAAACCCAGCAAACUCCACCAACCUUCAACAGAACCAACACAUUUACUGAGGGAUUCCAGGCUAUUAUUGAUGCCUAUGGGGUCGGUACUUAUCAGGAGAUCAAUCCAGCUCCAUGCACUAUUGUAACCUUCCCUUUCCUGUUUGCGGUGAUGUUUGGAGAUUGUGGACAUGGACUGGUGAUGACUCUGUUUGCAGUCUGGGUCAUUUCACAGGCUGAAUCUUUAAGAAAGUGGAAAAAUGAGGUUACAGAUGUCGUGAUCGGGGGACGCUAUAUUAUAUUGCUCAUGGGAAUGUUCUCUAUAUACACUGGGCUGAUUUACAACGACUGCUUCUCCAAGUCCUUCAACAUCUUCGGCUCUUCCUGGUGUGUUCGGCCCAUGUUUCAUCCUCACGGACCUUGGCAAAAUGAAACGCUGCAUGAGUAUCACCAUCUUCAGCUGAACCCAUCUGUGCCCGGAGUUUAUUCUGGAGACCCAUAUGUGUUUGGAAUCGACCCGGUUUGGAAUAUUGCAUCAAACAAGCUGUCCUUUCUAAACUCCUUCAAGAUGAAGAUGUCAGUCAUAUUGGGAGUCAGUCAUAUGCUCUUUGGAGUCACCCUGAGCUUGGUGAACUUUGUACAUUUCCGAAAAUUCCAGGACAUUUUCCUUCAGUUUGUUCCACAGCUGAUCUUCAUGCUGUCUCUCUUCGGAUACCUGAUCUUCCUCAUCCUCUAUAAAUGGUGCAUCACUCUACGCUCCGAAACGGCUCCCAGCAUUCUGCUGCUCUUCAUCAACAUGAUGCUGUUUGAUUACCAGUCUGAACAUGUGCUUCUCUACGGAGGACAGAAAGGGCUUCAGAUCUUCUUGGUUUUGACGGCAGUGCUUAUGGUUCCUGUGCUGCUCCUGGUCAAACCCUUCCUCAUCUACAGGACCCGCAUGAAGACCAGACACCAGGUGUUUGGAAACAAUCCGAAUGAUCAGCAUGGCACAGACACACGCUCUUCCUUCUCACAUCAUCAGAAGGAUGAGAUGGUUAGUAUGGGUGACAUCUCUGUGUAUCAGGCCAUCCACACAGUCGAGUUCUGCCUGGGCUGCAUCUCCAACACUGCCUCGUAUCUUCGGCUCUGGGCGCUCAGUCUGGCUCACGCAGAGCUGUCGGAGGUGCUUUGGAGGAUGGUUCUCCAGGUGGGCCUGAAGAUCUCCUCUGGUAUGGGUUCUCUCAUGCUGGUAGUGCUGUUUGCUGCUUUCGCUGUUCUCACCGUGACUAUUCUUCUGGUUAUGGAGGGCCUGUCUGCCUUUCUGCACGCUUUACGACUACACUGGGUUGAAUUUCAGAACAAGUUUUACGAGGGAUCCGGCUACAAGUUCACACCCUUGUCCUUUGACAGUCUGUUAAAAACACAGCAGUAAUAGUUUUUAUUCGUGCUAUUCUUGGAGUUUUUACUGUAAAUAUAGUUUUGUGAAUGCAACAAAUGCAUAUUUCAAAUCAGGGGGCUUCCAACAGGGAUCUCACAAGGAUGGUGUAAAAUUUAAUUCUGAAAAUUUGCAAGAUUUAGAUGAGUUUUUUUUUUCAUCAGAACAGAUUUGGAGAAAUGUAUAGUGUUACAUCACAUUACAAUAGAUCCUCAGAAGUGAAUGGGUGCUGUCAUAAUGAGAGUCCAAACAGCUGAUAAAAACAUCACAAUAAUCCACACGACUCCAGUCCAUCAAUUAACAUCUUAAGAAGUGAAAAGCCAGCAUUGCUUCUGGCUAAAAU